CUCCCCGGCCCGGGCGUCACAUCCGCUGCUGUCACAGGACAGCACAAACAAGGACGAACCGGGAGAGAAGGAGACCUGACCCAGCACCGGGGACACCUGCAUCCGGGACACCUGCACCGCGGCCAGUGCAUGCAUCUGUCGGGCUGCUGUACAUGAGAGGAAUGAUUGCGCAGAUGUCUCCCCCGCUAAUAUGAUGUCUGUAAUUGGGAUGCUGGUACCGCCAGGAUUUCCAACCUCUGCAGAAUAUAGGAUGUGUAAUGGUCACGGAAACAGCUUGCAAUGUCUGCCAUCAUGGUAGACGCCAAUGGAGAAUUCUGCUCCGUAACUCCCUUGGAGGACGGUGACCUAGGGAGCCCGCUGCCCGGGGAGUUCCUCCAGGGUAUUGAGGUCAUCCAGGACCUCUCCCAAGGCAUCGAAGAUGAUGGUUCCAAUUCGUUUAGUGCAGCCGAGUACCAGUAUCUCGGGAACAGCCCUGGCUCGAAUGGAUCGGUCAGCACGGACCUAACGGACACCCUGUCACCAGCAUCGAGUCCAUCCUCCAUCACCUUCCCCGCAGCACCGGGGAGUACGGAAGAGCAGGGUUGCAAGUCACUAAGUCUUGAAUGUCGAGUGUGCGGAGAUAAGGCAUCUGGAUUCCACUAUGGAGUACACGCGUGUGAAGGCUGCAAGGGUUUUUUCCGUAGAACAAUACGGCUGAAGCUGGCAUAUGACCGGUGUGAACGGCUCUGUAAAAUACAGAAGAAGAAUCGAAACAAGUGCCAAUAUUGCCGGUUCGAGAAGUGCCUUAGUGUGGGAAUGUCACAUAACGCCAUUCGCUUUGGAAGGAUGCCUCGUUCGGAGAAAGCAAAGCUGACAGCGGAGAUCCAAACAUGUGACCAGGACACGAAGGAUUCCCAGAUGACCGACCUGCUGUCCCUGGCCAAGCUCAUCUACGAAGCCUAUCAGAAAAACUUCAAUAUGAACAAAGUAAAAGCCAGAGCAAUCCUCACUGGGAAGGGCAGUAAUCCACCGUUCGUUAUACAUGACAUGGAAACAUUAUGUAUGGCAGAAAAAACACUGGUCGCCAAGCUAGUGGCCAACGGUAUACAGAACAAGGAGGCCGAAGUGCGCAUCUUCCAUUGCUGCCAGUGCACGUCGGUGGAAACGGUGACUGAACUCACGGAAUUUGCCAAGUCCAUACCGGGCUUUACCGAACUGGACCUAAAUGAUCAGGUUACUUUGUUAAAGUACGGAGUCUACGAAGCCAUGUUCGCCAUGCUGGCUUCUGUAAUGAACAAAGAUGGGAUGCUAGUGGCUUACGGGAAUGGUUUCAUUACCCGGGAGUUCUUAAAGAGUCUACGGAAGCCCAUAGGGGACAUGAUGGAACCUAAGUUUGAGUUUGCCAUGAAGUUUAACUCUUUGGAACUGGACGAUAGUGAUAUAUCUCUCUUUGUUGCGGCCCUCAUUUGUUGUGGCGACCGUCCCGGCCUGGUGAAUGUACCUAGCAUUGAGAAGAUGCAAGAGAACAUUGUCCACGUUCUAAAGCUCCACCUGCAAUCUAACCACCCAGACGACGGGUUCCUCUUCCCCAAGCUCCUACAGAAAAUGGCCGACCUGAGGCAGCUGGUGACGGAGCACGCCCUCUUGGUGCAAACCAUUAAGAAGACCGAAACGGACGCAUCGCUCCAUCCAUUGCUACAAGAGAUCUACAGGGACAUGUACUGAGGGACAGCAGCUCAUUUUCGGGAUGUUUUUGUGUUUUUUUUUCUUCCUCCUAAUUCGUGUUUUUAGAUGGGAGCAAGGAUAUAUAGAGUACACAUAUAUUUUCAACCCAUGACGAGUUUGGGUUUUGUGCCUUCUACUUUGCCAGUGGGGAAAAAAAGGACAAUAAUUUCCGUCUGUUUUUAAAUUAUGUGUCGAAAAAAAUCCGUCUCCAUCGAACCUUUCACACUACACAAAGUCGACCGUCUUCCUUGUGAUAUUUAUAGAACUAAGAUAAAAUGUACAAUUUUACAAGAUUUUUAGAAAAAAAAAACAAAAACAAAAAACCUCCACAAAUACGUCUCCUGUCUGAGAACCCGUUGCCAGAUCCUCAAGGUCAGGUUAGCAAUACUCAUUCAGGUAUAUCUCAGGUUAGAGCUGAAAUCCUUGGUCUCAUGGUACAACGCCACAGUUGUGGAGAUACAUGGUAAAUACCGUUUCGCUUUAUUUCGGAUCAUGGAAGCUUCCGGAUGUCACUCACUCGUAUCUCUGGCUGCGGUUACUGUAGCUCGCUGCCGUCCACCCUGAUUCAUGAAGGCACAAUAGUGAAUUUGACAAUCGCUUCUCUUAAUAACGGACUUUAUAGGGAUGGUUAUGAACUGGAUUUAAAUGAAUCUCUCUCCGGUCAUGCGGUUCCUAUGUAGUAACCAUAAAGUAUACAACCUGGCUCAUGAUGACCGCCUCUGUCAGACCGCAGAAUGCGUGAUGUAACGCAAUGGAGGAUUCGGACACUUAUAAAAUUAUACCUCCCCCCCCCCCCCCCAAAUGGGGAGCUAGAGCUGAAGUUCUUUUCAGGCUUCCUAACACUAGCAAGAAAUAGAAAAGUAUAUUAUAUAGAAGUUUUAUGAAAGAUACAUAGAUUUAAAAAAAUAUAUAUUUGUGAGGUACUCUGAUGUACAAAAUAAAAUCAUUGUGUAAAGCC